ACAGCGGUGGAGAGAGGAGAGUGGAGACUGUUGAACUGCUAAACGGCGGAGCCUCCAGCGCGCGGAGAACACGCAUGUUCGGUGGAGUCCGAAGCCCGACAUGAGGGAGUCCGACGUCCGGGAAUGACAGCCGCUGUCACCUGGAGGGACGCUUCUCACUCCGAGCCACUCCCGUAAAGAAAACUACAGAAGAAACAAACAAACUGCUGCUGCUGACAGCUCAAGUCACAGAUCCGGGGUCGGAUCCAGCCGGACCAGGACUAUCAUGCCAGAGAUGGAGAAAGGCAGACCCCCGGAAAACAAACGCAGCAGGAAACCAGCGCACCCCGUGAAGAGGGAGAUCAACCAGGAGAUGAAGACGUUUGCGGAAAGCACCAUGAACGAGCUCCUGGGAUGGUACGGCUACGACAAGGUCGACCUCCGAGAGUCCGAGGCCAACGAGAUCCGAAACUACAGAGAGAGGCGUCAGCAUGUGUCUGUGCUGAAAGAAAACUCCUUGCCAAAACCCAAAAGCGUGGACGCCAAAGUCGGUCACCCUGUCCUGGCCAUGAAGAGCGGAGAAAGGGAAUCCUCCAGCGUCCCCUCCUCUUCGCCCACUUCGUCCUCCACGAGUUCCUCCCUGACCUCCCCCAAGGAGCACAAGAGUGCCCCCGUUAUUGUCCCCCUCAUAAAGCCAUCAGCAGUGGAAGACGUGCAGAAUGUGCAGAUAGUUUGUGUUUGGUGCCAGAAGGAAGGCGUGAAACGGUACUCUCUCUGCAUGGGCUCGGAGCUCAAGAGCUUCUGCAGCGAGAAGUGCUUCGCUGCCUGCAGACGGGCCUAUUUCAAACGCAACAAGGCUAGAGAUGAAGACCUCCAAGCUGAGAGAUCCCCUCAGCACCCACAUCCAGAGGAUUCGCCCAGGCUGGUGUUAAAGAUAAACACCAAUGUCAGAUCUCUCUCGCCUGUACUGCAGGUUUGUGACUGGUGCAAGCAUGUCCGUCACACUAAAGAGUACCUAGACUUCGGAUCUGGGGAGGAACGGCUUCAGUUCUGCAGCAUCAAAUGUCUCAACCAGUACAAGAUGGACGUCUUCUAUCGGGAAGCCCGCGCCGCUCUCACCAACACCAGCUCCAGCCCCAACAGGGCCAGCCAAGAUGGGAGGGCGGAUGGGCAAAAGUUACUCACCCCCGAGUCUUGGAACAACAGCAACCAUUCAGGGGAAGCACGCAAUCGAAAUGUCUCGCCCAAAGGGUCGACGCUGAUUCAUGGGCCUGUAGAAGCCACAUCUGUCUCCUCUUCGGAAGCAUCCUCCUAUUCUUCUUCUUCAAAAGUUCCUGUCUCAGGGCUUAGAACCUUGGAGAGGUCAAUCCAACCACCUCCACCACCACCUACAGUGGUGUCGCCCCAUCCUGCUCCACUUCCUCCCCCACUGCCUCCUCGUCCACCUCUGGAUCAAAAGCCAGUACCUCAAAUUCCCAUACCCUUCAUAAGGCCUCCUCUUCAUGCUCAGGGCCUAAAAAGUCCCCUUGCCAAUCCUCCCAGACAUGCAGGUCCCCCUUCCAGCCCUAUCCACAGACCGCCACAUUCUCCUCACCUGCAGCCCUCCUCUUCCACUUCCAUGAAUCCCCCUGGGCUCAUGCAUCCUUUCCCAGGAGCCUAUUUCCCUGGCUUGCACUCGCCACCUCUGAACAUGAUGCCAAGAGGCCCCGUCCCAAUGCCUCCCAUUAUGAACUUUGGGAUUCCUUCUUUUAGCCCUCUUCUGCCCCAACCCACUGUCCUGGUGCCUUAUCCUAUUAUUGUUCCCUUACCUGUCCCCAUACCCAUUCCGAUUCCCAUUCCAGUCCCUCCCAAAGUGGCCCUUGAAACUCCAAGUCACAGUGGAGUUAUACAGCCAGUGCCAGACGGGGUAGACAGGGGCAGAUCUAGGACUAACAGGUCAUCAUCUCCAGAGAUUUCUAUAGAGGAGAGAAGCAAACGAGGGGAGUCUAACCCAAGGGACAUAGAUUGGGUGAAAUCAGAAAGGCCAUUUUUGUCCCCGACAUCCACAUCUCUAAUUAAAGUGUCCUCCCCCAGAGCACAGUAUAGUGAAUCAUUCUGCCCAGCCUCGAGUUCAGAGGGGCUGACAGACUAUAAGAAACAAAAGACAGAGCGACAAGUGAUACAAAGGGUUCUCCAAAGGACCCAAGUGAAGCUUGAGCCCUGUACCAAUGGGAUGGGGGACCCAUCAGUGCUUGGGGAGUCCGGAUCUGGGCAGGUUAACAGAUCAGGUCUUCACAAUGUAAUCAGACCGAUGCCUCCUCUAGCGCCGUCACCUUCACAUGACACUGUCUACCAACAACCGGACUGCCACACUUCUCACAGUCCACCCAGCCCCUUGGAGAGCAGCCAUUCACAUGACAGCAACUCCUCCGUUUCAGCAGCUCGGGAGCAUCCUCAAAAUGGCAUGCCUUCUAGUAUAGACUCUUCCUUACCCCAGAGAUUAUCAGCACCACCCUCGGACUCUGCGCUCAGUGAGCUGGAAGCUAUCAAAGAGAAUAAGUGCGCCACUGUUAGCCCGGUGCGGCUUGAGGGCCUCAUCGGUCAGUCAGAAGGACCCUUAAUAGUUGGCAGAGAUGCCGAAGAGGACCCCCAUGUUCCAGACGAGGACCACGCUUAUGCCCUGCCCACAGCACCAAAGACAGGUGGGACCACGCCCCCGCUGCUCUUGCCCAAACUCAGGGACAAGGGUAGCUUGCGGAAUCCUGCUAACGUAGCCAACGAGGGAGACGUGGAACCGGCUCUGAAGAGGCGAUGCCUACGAAUCCGAGAUCCCAAUAAAUAGAAAUCAGAGACUCCCCGUUUUAACACGGUGGGGGCCGAGCCAGAUCCAGUGCCACGCCGUCUUGUGGACGACACCAGUGCGAACACCUUCCUACCCGUCGCUCUGCCUGUAGACCAGCAGGGCGCCAAACCCAGGAAGCAGACCAGAUGGCCGAGUCAUCGCGAGUCAACAAACGCGGAAGAACACACAUUUUGCUUUGGACCAAAAAAAAAGAAAAAAGAAAAAAGAAAAAGAACGAAUCAUAGAGCUUGUUGAGAAAUAGUCACUCAGAUCUUCAUCCUGUCUAACAUUGCCCUCAAGCGUUCAUGUGUGCACAAGUUAGCGUGGCUGCUGCUCCUCCUGCUCCACGCAGCAGACAGCACUCUGAUCAGCCUUGUGUGGUCUUCUCAGAUGGAGCCUGAACAUGAUCUCUUUCCAGGGGAAACGGUUUGUUUUCUCUGCCCGGCUUCUGCACAAAGAGCCACAUUGUUCCUCUCCUCAUAUCCCACGCUGACUCCCCACUCCAGGUUUUGGGUUACCUGGCCGAUUAGAGCUCAAAAUUCACGAGCUUCACUUUUUCUUUCUUUUUUUUUUUUUUUUGAGCAACUGCCAGGAAUAUAGUAUAGCCUUUUUCUCCUUCACGUAUUCGCCCAAUAUAAAUACAGUUCAUGCUAUCCACACUGCUUCUGAGUUUUUAUCCUUCACAAGAGAUCGCCUAAGAUUCGGCUUACUUCUUUCAAAGAAGAAAAAUUUAUCCUCAGACAACUUUCUCUCUGUGUUUGCAGAAUCAGGCUGAAGGGUUUAAAGCUACUCGUUGCAAAGUAUAAAAUCAAAGCUUGAGUCAAACUUUAAAAAAAAGAACUAUGCAGAUAUGCAAAUCUGAAAUGCAGGUCUGCGCUCAGUGUACACAAAGCCACUUUUCGCUGGCUGAAUCCACCGAGUGAAAACGUGAAUCAAGAGACUGACCUACAUUAGGCUGGCUGGAGUCUGUGUAGGUAAACACAUUAAAGUUUGAACUAUUUUCAGCUUUCGACUUCUUUCUAAUAGGCAAACAUGUGGUUGACGUCAGGUCACGAAUUUUGUUUACAAAUUUUUAUUUUUAGGACAUAUAAACCAGGACAUUUUCAUCAUUCAGUUCAAACGAAUUUGCAAUGAGUCCCUUUAAACUCUACAGAUCAUUAAAGGUCGGAACGACUUGCGGCACCGAGUGCCACGCGUGUGUGAAAGCUCGUGGCGGGUCAAACACGACGCUGCGACUGAUUCAGAUUUAGCUGUCUGCUGAAUGUUUUCGCCUCUGAGCUCACAUUUCUGAAACGCGAGAUCAGAGUUUUGAAUGUUACCAGAUGUGGUAUUAUACACAAAAGGCAUCAAAUGCUGUAGCAUACAGUGAUCAGUAUUACGGUUGCCGCUGUUGGGGAAACUUUAACCUGGAUGGAUCACUUUUGAGGCUCGUCGACACCCUUCCCAUUAUUUUCUUGUUGAACUCUAUUCAGAUAUUAUGUUUUAUUAACUUAUGAUUGAUUCAUCUGUAGAUUUUCACGAAAAAAAAUGCUGUAUAUCUUCUUUUGUAUUGCUUCUUUUUUUUUCUUUUAUGAUCUGAUUAUUUCUUUGUUUUAAUCAUGUUUGCCCACUAGAGGGCAGUGUUCGCCUGGUAAUUUGCACCUGCCGUGAAAGCCAUCUCAUUGGCCCUAAAAUCAGUGCCAUUCGACUGACUCCCAGUGCUAAACUGGGUUGUCUACCCCUUAUAUUUUACAUCUUGCAUAUUAUUUGUUAUCUAUAAAUCCAAAUACUGCCAUCAACAGCCCUUGAAGCUCCUUCGAAGCGGGUUUUAUGUCCUGCUACCCCUUGCCAUCAUUCCAAAGCCAACCCUUAUUUGCCAGUGUGAACCUUCAUUUCAGUCUCCCCACUCAUUCCAGUCCACAGCCGCGCCACAGGGUCACGCCAACACAUCGGUGUCAUCCUCAGCCGGAAAGAGGACUCUGUCCACAGCCUGUGUGAGUCAACAGUGACAUCACUUCAGACAAAUAGCUGCUGGUGUCAUCUGCUUCUAUCUGAUGGCACACAUGCCAAAAAUAAAUCAUCAGAACUGCCAUUAUCGCUUUAAUUUCUUCUUUUGCUUUUUCUUUUCGUUUGUUUUCAAAUCUCAUUAAAGUUUCAGCAAGUAAACCUCAGUUUUGUUGCUGUUGUGGCCUAAAAAUUGUAAAGGUACUGUCUGAUCACCCCCCCACCUGGAUCACACAUUUUAGCCUGUCAAAUGAACAUGUCAUGUUGUUUGUAUUAAAUAAAUGUUGAGCAGCCAAGAAUUUUGGUUGAGAUCACUUUGUAAAGUAAAAGAAAUAAAAGUUAUUCUAAGAGCAA